AUGGCAGUACCCGCUUUGAAAUGUCCAUUUUUAUCUCAAUUAACAUUACAACAAGUUCGGGCAUCAGCUCCGCAUAUUUUCAAUGCCGGAAUGGAAUCUUGUCCAAUUUUUAGUCAAUUCGCACGCAAAAUAUCCACGUCAAGUGUUCAAGAAACAGGCAAUUUAUCAAAAACAACAUCGUCAUCAUCAUCAUCAUCAUCGAUGUGUCGCCCACUUAGUUUGAAUGAAAUCAAGGCUGUCCAUGAAAAGGUGUUCGAACAGAAAAAUCAACAACAAGCAACAUUGAAAAGCAAAACGGCUAUUAAAACAGCAUUCCAUGAUAAGAAAACACCUAAUCCAUACGGCGAAAUUAUUAUCUCGGUGGAAUGCGAAGAUCUUUCUUGUCCAUUUUUAAAAUCGACACCGAUCGCACUUCGACGCGUGCAUAUGGAUCAAGAUACAAUCGAGGUCAACCGAAACUCAGACAAUUUUGUUCGGCCAACGACAUCUUCUCAACAUGAAAAUGUCAAAGCAUUUGAAUAUAAUCAUUUUUUUAAUGACCGCAUUGAGGCGAAAAAACGCGACAAUUCGUAUCGAGUGUUCAAAUGUGUUGAACGAAAAAGCGGCUGUUUUCCUCAAGCAGAAGAAAUGAGCAGUCUCGAGGAUGAUGCCGAAUCUCGUCGAAUUACGGUCUGGUGUAGUAAUGAUUACCUUGGUCUCGGUCAACAUCCAAAAAUGAAAAAAGCAGUCAUCGAUGCUGUAACGGCACAUGGCUCGGGCUCUGGUGGUACACGAAACAUCUCUGGUACAAGUCCGUUACACGAAAAACUUGAACAGCAAAUCGCACGGCUGCAUAAAAAAGAAUCGGCACUGAUUUUCACGUCGUGUUAUGUCGCUAAUGAUACAACUUUGUAUACGUUAGCAAAAGCAUUACCAGGUUGUCAUAUUUUAUCAGAUAGUGGAAAUCAUGCAUCAAUGAUUCAAGGUAUUCGAAAUAGUCAAGUACCAAAACACAUCUUUCGUCACAAUGAUAUCAAUCAUUUGGAAGAGUUAUUGAAGAAAAUUCCGAAACAUGUACCGAAAAUCGUCGCGUUCGAAACAGUACAUUCGAUGGAUGGAUCAAUCUGUGACUUAGAAGCAAUGUUAGAUGUUGCUCAUGCCUAUGGUUCAAUAACAUUUAUUGAUGAAGUUCAUGCAGUUGGUUUAUAUGGACACAAUGGAGCGGGUAUUGGUGAACGUGAUCAUGUUCUCCAUAAAAUGGACAUUAUAUCAGGAACACUUGGUAAAGCGUUUGGUAGCAUUGGUGGUUACAUUGCUGGCGAUGCAAAAAUGACCGAUUUUAUUCGAAGUUAUGGUUCGGGUUUUAUUUUUACAACAUCCAUGCCACCAACAGUUCUAGCAAGUGCUUUAACAGCCAUUGAAAUUUCAAAAAGUGAUGAAGGCCGUUCAUUACGUCGUAAACAACAAGAAAACGUUCGCGAAUUACGAUCAAAAUUGAUCGAUGCAGGUCUUCCGGUAAUGAUGUCACCAAGUCAUAUUAUUCCAAUUCAUGUAGGAAAUGCUGCGUUAGCUACUCUCUUAUGUAAUCAUUUGCUCAAUCGAUAUUCGAUCUACAUUCAAUCGAUUAAUUAUCCAACGGUUGAGCGUGGAACCGAACGCUUAAGAAUUGCUGCAACACCUUAUCAUACGAGUGAAAUGAUCGAUCAAUUAGUUGACGCAUUGAAACACGUCUGGCAAGAUGUUGGUCUUACUUUGAAAUCGUUUGACCAACAGCAACAACAAAAUGGGCCAGCUGUUUUAAGACAACGUGCAUAA